GGGAGCGUGAGACAUUUGGAGUUCAUUUCCACGCCCCACGCCCCCCACCACCCGGACCGGCUCGGACCGCGGGCGUCUCCCGGAGCGGGUGCUGGCUCUUCCGCUCUCCGUCGCCUUUCUGAGGUUGGGCUGGCCUGGUCCCCGGGCGCUGCGGAGCCCGGCGUCCGGCUGCGCGAUGUCCGGCCUGGGGGGGGCCCUGCGCUGCUGGGCCGCGCUGCUCCGCCAGCCCCGGCGCCCUCCGCGCGCGGCGCGCUCCGGGGCGGUAGGCUUUCACAGCCAGACUGCACAGGCAGUGUUAACAUCCCAACUGAAACCACAUCAAGAGAAGCCAAAUUUUAUCAUUAAGGUUCCAAAGGGCACCAGGGAUUUAAGUCCUCAGCAGAUGGUUGUGAGGGAGAAAAUUCUUGAGAAGAUAAUCGGCUGCUUUAAACGUCACGGGGCAAGGGGGUUGGACACGCCAGCAUUUGAGCUAACAGAAACGCUCACUGAAAAGUAUGAGGACACCUUCGGCCUCAUGUACGAUUUGAAGGAUCAAGGUGGAGAGUUGUUGUCUCUUCGAUAUGACCUUACUGUCCCUUUUGCUCGCUAUCUGGCCAUGAAUAAACUGAAGAAGAUGAAGCGAUACCAAGUUGGAAAGGUGUGGCGUCGAGAGAGCCCAGCCUUAGUGCAGGGCCGCUACCGGGAGUUCUGCCAGUGUGAUUUUGACAUUGCUGGUGAAUUUGACCCUAUGAUCCCUGAUGCAGAAUGUCUGAAGAUCAUGUGUGAAAUCCUAAGUGGAUUGCAACUGGGGGACUUUCUCAUUAAGGUAAAUGACCGUCGGAUUGUAGAUGGGAUUUUUGCUGUCUGUGGUGUUCCUGAGGACAGGUUCCGUACCAUCUGCUCCUCAAUGGACAAACUAGAUAAGAUGUCUUGGGAAGAUGUGAGACAUGAGAUGGUGGCAGAGAAAGGCCUGGCUCCCGAGGUGGCUGAUGGAAUUGGGGAGUAUGCCCAGUGCCAUGGGGGGAUAUCCUUGAUAGAGGAAUUGUCCAAGGAUCCUAGACUGUCCCAAAGCCAGCUGGCCCUGCAGGGCUUAGGGGACCUGAAGCUGCUCUUUGAAUACCUGACUUUAUUUGGAAUUGCUGAGAAGAUCUCCUUUGACUUAAGUCUGGCCCGGGGCCUGGACUAUUAUACUGGAGUGAUCUAUGAAGCAGUACUACUGCAGUCUCCAGGUCAGGCUGGAAAGGAGGCUCUGAAUGUGGGUAGUGUGGCCGCUGGUGGACGCUAUGACGGGCUGGUAGCCCAGUUUGAUCCCAAGGGCCACAGGGUGCCCUGUGUGGGGUUGAGCAUUGGAGUAGAGAGAAUCUUCUGUCUUGUGGAGCAGAAGAUGAAGGCUUCUGGUGAGAAGGUUCGAACCACAGAGACCCAAGUGUUUGUGGCCACACCCCAGCAGAACUUUCUCCGAGAACGGUUGAAGCUAAUCGCAGAGCUUUGGGAUGCUGGGAUCAAGGCAGAGAUGCUGUAUAAGAACAAUCCUAAGCUGUUAACCCAGCUGCAUUACUGUGAGAAAACAGACAUUCCUCUGAUGGUCAUCAUUGGUGAGCAAGAACAGAGAGAAGGCGUCAUCAAGCUCCGCUCGGUGGCCAGCAGAGAAGAAGUGAUCAUUAACCGAGAAAGUCUUGUGGCUGAAAUUCAGAAGCGACUGUCUUGAUUGUUGCUUGGCUUCUGUCUGCUGCCCUUAGAAGAAGAGUUUUCAUCUAGGACCAAGUUCUGAUGGAUGUUACGACAGCUGGCCAGCAUGAAUAUUGUACAAGUGCCUUCUGCUUCCUUCCAUCCUGGAUACAGAAUCCUAAGGAUUAGCGCUACUCUGCUAGAGCGAAGAUGGCUGGCCUGCACAAGAGGCCUACUCUAGCUGCAAAGGCAGGUCUGAAGUGCCUCUGAGCUCUGUCGAGGGAUUUUAAGAUGGUUGCUGUGAGCAAGACCCUGAACCACUGAAAUGAGAGGCUAAAUGUGUACUUAACUGUAGUAUGGGAACCAGAUUUAUCUACAUCAGACUAUGGUUUGUCCGUGGAGUAUUAAAAAGAGAGCAAGAAUGUACAGUGAACAGACAUGAUGUCCAAGGACCCAGGAGUGCGUCUGUUGGUUCUUCCAGCUAACAGUAGAAGGGAGGGGCUGCUUAAUAAUUUUGGACAUUGAGCUUAAUAGAUGAUAAGUGAAUGAUCUGAUAUUUUGAGAUUUUUGGACACCAUUCCCUUUGCCACAGUAACUUCUCUUGGUUGUACCAUAACCUGCCCAGGAGGUUGUUCUAGAGUGCAAUAUACUGUGUCAUACUUCAAAGACGUACAAAUGGGCUGGAGAGUUCAGUUCCCAACAUCCACACCAGGGUGAUUAUAGCUGCAUGUGAUUCCACUUCCAGGGACUCUGAGGCCCUCUCCUCAGCUCCAUAGAUACCUGCACUUAAUGUGCACAUACACACAGACCCACACACAAUUAAGAAUAAAACAAUUUUUAAAAGUAA